AUUCGAUUAAGUCCUAGAUCUGCAUUUUGGAAGAGCCUUUUGGAUCAGGAGAUGGCGACGGACAGUGCCGACGCCCAGAGGCUCUUGCUCGGGCGCCAGAACUCGCAUCAGCAGGCUGACGGAGCAGACGGGUUCGAGGACAACGACCUUGCCGCACCGCCGGAGCCCUUGUCCCGCGACAAUGGAGCGAGUUUCCGGAGGAAUCCAAGCUCUGCAGAUUCGUCGUCGGGCGUGUUCGGGAGCCUGAAGGCCGUGCUGCUCAAAUCCAAGCUCAAUUUGCUUAUACCGUGUGGGUUCUUGGCGGUCCUGGUGGACUGUCUCAGCCAGAACAAGGCCUGGGUGUUUCCUCUGAGCCUGCUGGGCAUCAUUCCUCUGGCCGAGCGCCUGGGUUUCGCUACCGAGCAGCUAGGGCUCUACACUGGCCGAACAGCUGGGGGCCUGCUGAACGCCACGUUCGGCAACGCCACGGAGCUGGUCAUCUCCAUCCACGCGCUGCGGAGCGGGAAGCUGCGGGUGGUGCAGCAGUCGCUGCUCGGCUCGAUCCUGUCCAACACGCUGCUGGUCCUCGGCUGCGCGUUCUUCGGCGGCGGGCUCACCUGCGGCAGGACCGAGCAGGUGUUCAGAAAGGAAGACGCGGUGCUCAACUCCGGGCUGCUCCUGAUGGCCGUGAUGGGGCUGGUCUCCCCCGCCAUGCUGUACUACACGCACACCGAGGCCAACCUGGGCGAGUCGGCGCUGGCGCUGUCGAGGUUCAGCAGCUGCGUCAUGCUCUUCGCCUACGCCGCGUUCGUCUUCUUCGAGCUGUCCAACAGUCGCCGCCGAGACGAAUCUACCGAGGGAGGAGGAGGAGGUGGUGGUGGUGGUGACCAGGCGGACGACGACUGCGAGUACGCGUUCCCUGAGAUCACCAAGUGGGAGGCCAUUGCCUGGCUCGCGAUCUUCACUGCCUGGAUCUCAGUGUUCUCUGACUUUCUAGUCGGUGCAAUCGAGGGGGCUGCCAAGGCUUGGAAGAUACCGGUCGCGUUCAUCAGCACUGUCUUGCUCCCGAUCGUAGGGAAUGCUGCAGAACAUGCCAGCGCUGUUAUGUUUGCGAUGAAAGACAAACUGGACCUUUCGCUUGGAGUCGCCAUCGGGUCUUCGACGCAGAUAUCCAUGUUUGUGAUACCGUUCAGUGUAGUGGCAGGAUGGAUGAUGGGCCAGCCAAUGGACUUGAACUUCCAUCUGUUUGAAACCGCCAGCCUCUUGAUAACCGUGCUGGUUGUAGCACUUCUGCUGCAGGAUGGGACCUCGAACUGUUUCAAAGGGCUGAUGCUGAUUCUCUGCUACCUGAUAGUGGCUGCCAGUUUUUAUGUGUAUGCUGAUCCAAAUAUCGAUGGUGUUUAGCCUCUUCGAAACUAGCACCUUCAAUGAUGGGAUGGGACUAUACUUCUAGUUCUCCAAAGAAACCUCUUCGAAGAGGGCAAGAGGAGCUCCUGCGAUUCACUGAAGAAGAAAACAGAAGUGGCUGGCCUAUUCAGCAUUCCUCACCUGAAGGGGCCAUUCAAGCACACCCACUGCUGUAGGUAUGCAGAAAAUUACACAGGAAGUUCUACAUAGAUCCCCAGUUUGUGUAGGCAACAGUUUUGUUCUUACGAUACACGCAGAAACUGUAGAAAUCAGAAAGUCAUUCUUUCUUCUGUGAACAGCUGUCGUCAUUUACAGGCAGAAAUAAAUUUAGUGACACAUGGAAUAGA